AUGGACUCAGAGUCAGAGGAGAAGGAUUACCAGGAGAAGGAAUUGCUGUUGUUUGAGGAUGUGGCUUUGUUCUUCACCAAAGAGGAGUGGGAAAACCUUGACUGGGCCCAGAAGUACCUCUACAGAGACGUUAUGCUGGAGAAUUACCAAAACAUGGUCUUCCUGGGAUUUCAGUUCCCCAAACCUGAGGUGAUCUCUCAGCUGGAGGACUGGGAAGAGCCAUGGAUCCUGGAUCUGCCGAGAGCUGGGAGUAGGAAGGCUUCCAGUAGUGCCUGCCCAGGUUCUGAAACCAGAUACAAGACAAAAAAGCUAACCUCGAUGCAGAACAUUCCUGAAGAAUUAGUGUCAUGUAAAGUAUCAGUGAUAAAGCAAGAGAAGGCCAAGCGAACCUCUGAAAAUUUCUACAAGUAUGAUGAGAUUGUAGACCGUUUCAGACUUGCACUCCCUAUUAGUAGUGAUAGCUAUAAGAAGGGCUUCCUUCAGAACUUAACUUUUCCUGAAGAUCAGAAUGCUCCUGCAGAGAAGCAGGACAGAUAUGAGGACUAUGGGAAACCCUUCAAUCAAAUGUCACUGCUUUUUCAACAUGAGCAGAUUCUUACAAGACCAAAGUGUUACAAGUGCAGUGAAUGUGGAAUCGUCCUCAGGCGUGAGACGGAUUUUGUUCAACAUCAAAGAAUUCACUCUUCAGAGAAUCCUUUUGAGUGUAACAUUUGCGGACAAGCCUUCAAACAGAAGUCAGCUCUCGCUGUCCAUAAAUACUGUCACCCACAGAAAAAGCCAUAUAAAUGUCAUGACUGUGGAAAGUUUUUCCGUCAGAUCUCAUAUCUUGUUGAACACAAGAGGAUUCAUACCAAAGAAAAACCCUAUAAAUGUAGUGAAUGUGAGAGAACAUUUAGUCAGAAUUCGACCCGUAUUCGACAUCAGUUAACCCAUAGUGGAGAAAAACUCCACAAAUGCCUCGAAUGUGGGAAAGCCUUCAGUAGACACUCAACCCUUAUGAGCCAUCAGCAGAUCCAUACUAGACAGAACACCCAUCAGUGUGGUGAAUGUGGGCAGUGCUUUGGUCGGAACGUAGACCUUGUUCAGCAUCGGAGAACCCACACCAAGGAGGAGUUCUUUCAAUGUAGAGAAUGUGGGAAAACGUUUAGCUUUAAGUCAAAUCUUUAUCGACACGAGGUCAUUCAUACUGGAGAGAGACCCUAUAGAUGUGACAAAUGUGGGAAGUCUUUCAGUUGGCGCACAAGCCUUAUUAAGCAUCAAAGUACUCACAGAGGACAAAUACCCACAUGA